AUGGGAAAUAAAAGUGGAAAGACGGAUUUAACUGAAUUAACUCCGAAACAAAUUCGAAUGUUACAAGCAAAUACGAAUUUUACACCCGAACAAAUUAAGGAAUGGCACAGAAGUUUUGUUCGUGAUUGUCCAUCAGGCAAAUUAGAUAAAAAGAAAUUUAUUGAAGUAUAUAAACAAUUCUAUCCUCAAGGAAAGGCAGAUAAUUUUUGUACUUAUGCAUUCCAUACAUUCGAUCAAGACAAUAAUGGUUAUGUUGAUUUUAAUGAAUUUUUAUUGGCUAUUGCUGUUAUAUCAGGUGGUUCAUUAGAACAACGAUUACAGGCAGCAUUUGAGAUGUAUGACAGUGAUGAUUCAAAUUAUGUUGAUCAGAAAGAGUUGAAUACAAUGAUUACGGUCAUGUAUAAUAUAGUUGGUCAGCAGGAUCGAGAAGGACCUUAUGAUCCAAAUUAUAUUGCAAAACAAAUAAUCUCAGAAUUAGACAUAACAGAUGAUAAAAAAUUAUCGAAAGAAGAAUUUAUCGAUGGUAAAAUCUUGGUUAGUGGCAGAGAAAAAGAUUUAAAUGUGAUAUUUGAAAAGAAAGGUGAUUUAAAAGAUCGUUUGGAUUUGGCAUUUUCAAUGUAUGAUGUUGACUCAAAUGGUUUUGUUGAUAAAAAAGAAUUGACAAAAAUAAUAUCGGCUAUUUAUGAGUUGAAUGGUGAAAGAAAUCAAAAGAAAGACAAUGCACCGAGUAAAGUAGCUGAAAUAAUCAUUAAAAAAUUUGAUAUUACCGAUGAUAAUCGUUUAUCGAGAGAAGAAUUUAUUAGUGGAUGUAUGAAUGAUCCUGAGUUACAUGAACUUCUUACUCCAUGA